CUUUUGUGCUUUCGUCCUUCGUGUUUUGGCAACGCAAAUCGUUUACGCUUGUUUACCCGUGUUCCGCGAUUCCGCCGGUAUCUCAGCUGCGAUCGGUUCCGCGCGUAGUAUCUGUGUUUUUGCGUGUACUUCUGAAUUUUCCUUACUCCCUGAUUACGAUGGAUGCAAAAAAGAUUAGUUUCGGUUUUAGUAAGAUCAAGAAAGGCAACUUAACCGGCCCUUCUGCGAUCGUUCCCAAACAAUUGCAGAGUAAAGACAAGAUUGAGUUGAUAUCCUGCCUAGAGGGCCAGACCAUUAAGAUUGUGGGAAAGGAAAACGAAGAUGAUAAACCUGCUCCAUUGGUGAUUCCGUUGAGGGAACAAGACAAGACGACUAUUCCUGACCGCUUGGCCAAAUUGCAGGAUAUUAUUGAAGGAAAAGAUACAGAGGAAAAUGGUGUGAAAAAUGAUGUUGAACCAAAAGCGGCUGCAGUUGGUAAUGAAUCGCUUGAGCAGCGAGCAGCUCGAGAAAUUCUGGAAGAUUUGCAAGAACGGAAAUCUCGCGCCAAUGAAAAGAACACAAUGGUAGUUCCACUGAAGCCAGAAGAUUUACCACUAGAUGGUGGGCGGGAAUCCACGAUGGAUGAUUAUGAUUCAGUGCCGAUCGAGAAAUUUGGUUUGGCGAUGCUGCGGGGGAUGGGAUGGAAGGAGGAUCCCAACGCCCCUAAGAAGGAUAAUAAAUUUCCCGAGGGACCGGUGCAACGGCCCAAAGGAAUGGGAUUGGGGGCGGAGCGCGUGUCGAAAGAUAAUAAUCGACAGUUGAUUCCUCCAGCGAAAGAUGAAGUGCUGGUGAUGAAAAAGGGAGCGUUUGUAAAGGUGUUAGCUGGUAAACACAAAGAGAGUUACGGAACGGUUGAAAGUUUAGAUGAGGAAAAUGCCAGAGUAAUGAUUCGAUUUUCAAUUGGUGGAGGGCAGGAGUCGCUCAACGAAUAUCUUCUGCAGUUGGUUUCCAAUGCUGAAUACAAGAAAUAUUCUAAGGUCUUGAACAAUGCUAAAUACGAGGAGUUCAAGAACCGCACCACUGGAACCUCCACAACAGUCAAAGAAGAAAGGACAACAGAUCGCCAAACCAUCAAACGGGAACCAUCACCUUCCCCGUCACCCCCACGGCCUUCAUCAUCAGCGAAAUCACAACCAUCGCGAUCACACCGCGACAAUGACCAAACGCAGCACGCGCACCGGCGGUACCGCUCUCCAGAAACGCGGGACGGGGAACGUCGACAUAACCACCGGGAUCGACACGAUCGAGAAGAACAUCGCCGCCACGAGCGACGCAGCCGCUCCCACGAAGAACGGCGACAGGACGAGCGACAUCGACGGCGACAAUCAAGCAGCAGUGAUGGCGAUACGGACUCGGAUUCGGACGAUUCCAACGAUCGCGAUCGUGAUCGUCACCAUCGUCGGCACAAAUCAUCGACGUCCUCAUCGUACGGGAGGACCUCCUCCGGUACGAAGAAGAAAUCCCACAAAUAUAAGCAAAGGCGAGACCAUUCGCGGGAACGUGAACGCGAACGUGACCGGGGACAUUCUUCCGACGAUGACGAUCGGCACCAUAAGAAGAAAACUAAGAAAAGUAAGAAACAGCGGAGUCGAUCUAGGAGUCGGCGAUAGGGUUUUUUUUUGUUCUAGCGAAGUGUAAUAAAUUGAUUCUGAUAAA